UGUUUUUUGUUGUUGUUUGUGAAAGGAGUGCACCAACCGCUGCUGUAACGCCUCCACCUGUGCCUUCAGUGAGGGCUCUCAGUGUGCAGAGGGAGAGUGCUGUGAGGACUGCAAGAUCUUGGGGCGCUCUCGUGAGUGUCGACGCAAACGUGAUGAGUGUGACCUGGCUGAAUACUGUGACGGUGCGAGCGCAGUCUGUCCAGAGGAUGUGUUCAGUGUGAACGGUCUGCCCUGUGACAACACAAAGGGAUUCUGCUACAACGGAGAGUGUCCCCAGAGAAGCCGCCAGUGCAACAAGAUGUACGGGCCAGGUGCCAUAGAGGGCCGGGCCGACUGCUUUCAAAUCAACACAGUGGGACAGUACUACGGCUACUGCAAACGACCUUCUAAUACCCAAUACAUCGCCUGCCCACUACAAGACAUAUACUGUGGGAAGCUCUUCUGUCACAACGGAACUGAAUACUCCACUUACGGAGGAUGGUUAAAAGUGGGUGACUGUAAAGCGUCGCACUUCGCAGACUUCACCAAAGAUUACGGACAAGUCGAAACUGGGACAAAAUGUGCAGCGGGAAAGGUGUGCAUCCAAAACCAGUGUGUGGACCUGGAGACGGCCUACAAGACAGCGGCCUGCUCAGCCAAGUGCCCGGGCCGCUCACUGUGUAACCACCGGGGGGAGUGCCAGUGUGAACCGGGGUGGCUGCCUCCCUACUGCGACAAAGAAGACAAGACGUACAGCUCGGUCACGGUCCAGUAUCUCAGUCCUGGUGCGAUUGCUGGCAUCUCUAUAGCUGUGAUCUUAGCAGUGUCUUGCAUCGUCGCUGGGGUCGUUUUCUUUUUAAAGAAAAACUAAAACUACUGCUCUGGA